AUGAUACCCCUCCUUCUCAUCCUGAUGGUGGUCGUACUCCUCGCAAAUGUGGGCGCAACACCUUUCCUCCAUGUCCCUACUAUAAGAAGCAGAAUCAUCCAGCUAUUAAGUGUUGGAAGUAGUUCGACAAGACUGCUUCUACAUAGCCGACGAUAACUUCUCCGACUUUGGCAUCUCCGGCUUCUUUCCAUGUUUCAACUCUUACCUUUCAUGUAACCUUGAUGCCUACGCAGUAUGACACCCUUCGCCACGCCAAUGGUAUCGAUGCUUCCACUUCUAUUAGUCUCACCUCGCUUUUGACUUCCUCCACACUAGGUACACACGGUCUCCUUACUUCUUCUUUGACGUUGUAGAUUAUUGAUCCGGAGGCUUCCACUCACAUGACUGGUAUCCCCACUAUUCUCUCCUUCUAUUAGCCUAUCCUGACCCAUCUCCAUGUCAUCAUUGGCAAUGGUCGGACAUGUCCGGUCAAAGGUCAUAGUGCCACCUCGACUUAUCCCUCCCUUUAUCUUACCUAAGUUCUUUAGGUUCUCAAUUUUUCUACUAAUCUUUUUUUCAUUAGUGUUAUUACCCGUGCCCUCCUUUGUAUAGUCAUAUUCUUUUCCUUUCACUGUACUUUUCAAGAUUUACAUACCAGAUGA